AUGAAGAAAGAGUCCAAGAGGGGAGUCGCAAAGAUGGGACUCAGAAGCCACUCAAAGAUCAGCCAUCAGAGGGUGCACACAGAGGAAAGGCCGUAUAAAUGUUCCGAUUGUGGGAAAAGUUUUAAAGCUGCUUCAGGCCUCAAACAUCACAAAAAGGUCCACACUGGAGAGAAACCAUAUCCAUGUUCAGAAUGUGGGAAAAGGUUUGGUACUAACAACCAUCUUGUUAGACACGAGAGAACCCACACUCAGGUGAAACCAUUCAAAUGCUCACACUGUGGAAAGGGCUUCAGAUUGCGAGACAGCCUUGUUGUUCAUGAGAGAAUCCACACAGGAGACAAACCUUAUAAAUGCUCAGACUGUGGGAGAAGCUUCAAUUGCCGGUCAAAUUUCAGUAGGCACAAGAAAAUCCAUGGAGGAGAGAAACUGUAUAAGUGUUCAGACUGUGGGAAAGGCUGGAGGAAUAAGGCAGGCCUUACAGUGCAUGAGAGAAUUCACACUGGUGAGAAACCUUACCACUGCACAGAGUGUGGGAAAAACCUUCGGUGCAGUUCAAGCUUUAUAAUGCAUAAGAGAACCCACCGAGGAGACAAACCAUAUGAGUGCCUGGAAUGUGGCAAACGUUUCCGUCAUAGGGUUUCUCCUUCCAAAGGACCCCAGAGUGGCCCAGAGCAGUUUGAUGGGGAAGGAAAAGGAGACCGUCUUGCCACAUUGGCCAUUGAGGCCUGA